AUCCUAAGGCGGGUGCGGUUCGGCCGUGCCAGGCCCGCGAGGCUGAAGGCAUGGGCUGUCCGCCGCCAGCCGCUUUCCUUUUGGGGCUCCUCCUUCUGCAGGGCGUCCUGAGGCCGCUGUGGGGAGACUUGGUUUUCCUCCCUCCUUUCAUCCGAAUGUCCAGCCCGGCGGUCAGCGCGUCCUUGGUCGGAAGCUCCGAGGAUGUGGCCGUGUCCCUGGCCCUGCUGCAGGACGAGGCGGGAGUCUUGCCAGUUCCAACUUGUGGAGUGCUAGUCAAUGAGACAGAAGACUGGAGUGUGACUGUGACCUCCACUGCGAAUGUGUUGGAAGUAACAGUAAGGUGGAAGGGGCUGGAGUCGUGUUCUUCUAAUGAGACAGAUUCCUUCUCAGAGUCCCCCUGCAUCAUUCAGACGCUUCUGGUUUCAGCAUCUCACAAUUCAUCCUGUUUAGCACAUCUACUCAUUCAGGUGGAAAUUUACGCAAACUCAUCUCUGACCCAUAAUGCCUCAGAGAACGUGACUGUCAUUCCUAAUCAGGUUUAUCAGCCCCUUGGUACUUGUCCUUGUAAUUUAACAGCUGGGACCUGUGACAUUCGCUGCUGCUGUGACCAGGAGUGCUCACCAAAUGUAACGGAACUGUUUGGACAGUCCUGCUUCACCGGUGUGUUUGGAGGUGAUGUCAGUCCUCAGUUUGAUCAGCUCUGCUCUGCCAGGCCAGCACAUGGUGUCCCCGAUUGGUUUCCCUUCCUGUGUGUGCAGUCAUCACUUGCCAACACGCCCUUCCUCGGCUACUUCUAUCACGGUUCUGUCUCCCCCAGACGGGACGCUUCCAUUGAAGUGUAUCUGCAUACUGAUCCAAAAGAUGCCGCAGACUUUGGUUAUAAACAAGGAGAUCCGAUCAUGACUGUGGAGAAGGCGUACUUUACUAUUCCGCAGGCGUCCCUAGCUGGGCAGUGUAUUUGGAAUGCCCCAGUGGCAUUUCUUCAGAAUUUUGAUGUUAACUGCAUUACUAAUUUGGAAGUAUACCAGGAACGAGAUGGUAUUACCAAUGUGAAGAUAAAGAAUGGUGCUACAGGAGGUAUGUUACCUUUCUUUUGA